AUGAGUGGCCUGAGGGAACCCAGCCCAGGGACUACGCUGCACACUGUCACUCUAGAGGCCCUGCCCGCUACUCCAGCCCCAGACUCUCUGGAUCCAGCUGGGCUGCUGAAUAUUUCUGCCUGCAGUGACCUCCCCACUACCCACAUGGAGAAAUCCCACUGGCUGUCCUUCAGGAACAACAGCAAGGGCUCCUCUCCUUCAGAGCCCAGCAGCGGGAAGGGAGAUGGGCUCCGGGUGCUCUCGCCCAUCCAGGGGGAGGUGUCGGCGCACGGAGGGCCCCACACCCAGCCGCAGCCCCCGGCCCACCCAGCGGCCGGCCCACGCCCGCCUUUGUUCCAGGGGACCGCGCAGUGCCUGGGGCUCCCGGAACCCGGAGUCCCGGGUCGUGCUCCAGAGGUUUGGGGCCCGGGCUUGGGGACUUGGGGUCCCGAGGCUCGAAGCCAAGAGUCCGGGGCCGCGGACGUGGGGUCCGGGCUCAGUACUCACGGCGUCCACGCGGCGGGCACCGCCGGCUUCCGGGGGGCGGCCAGCCCUCGUCUCCCCUGCGCGCAGCGACACGGCCCCGGGCCGGGGACCCCGGCAGCCGCCUCGUCCCGGGCGCCCGCCUCCCGCCGGCCCCAGCUCCGCGGCCGGGACCCUGCGCCCGCCAUGCCCGCCGCGCCCCAGGCCCAGGCGGCCGCCGGCUCCUCCCCUCGCAGACGGGGGCGGGUCUGCGGGCAGUUCUUCCUCACCUCCAAUGGGCCCGAUGAGGCUCAUGGCAGAGCCAGCAUAGUGCAGGGUGCCUGUGUCCAGGUCAGUCCGCGCGCCGGGGCUGACCGCCCGGCUCCCGCCCCACGGCAGGACCCGCCCCGAGACCCGGCCAGCCCGGGGGACGCGACCGCACCCCGCCCGCCAGGGCCCGCCGGCGAGACGCGCGCUGUGCCUUACCGCCGAGUUCUCCUCCCGCCCGGCGACUACGUCCGGGUAGCGCUCGGCCGGCAGCCGGCGCCGCAGCUCCGGCCCGCUGCCAGCCGCUCCGCCCGCCGGCCCCGCCGCCCUGCCCUGCAGGCUCCGCCUCCCGGGCGUAAACCCCGCCCAGGCCCCGCCUGGAAGCCAGGCCCCGCCCCACUCCUCUCGGGCGCCCCGCCCCCUGGCCUCUGGGCCCAGUCCUUGACGACACGGCGGCUGAGCUAG